AUGGAGAACAUAACAGUCGCGAUUGUGGGAACCGGCCCAGCGGGACUCACUGCGCUUAAGAGUCUGCGGGAAGAGGGGUUUGAUGCUGUUGCUUUUGAACGGCGGGAGGCUGUUGGAGGGCUUUGGGCUUAUAGCGAUGAUCCUGAGUAUACGUCGGCGUUGGAUGAUACCACAGCCAAUAUCAGCAAGUUUGUGUCUGGCUUCAGCGAUUUUCCUAUUCCCAAAGAAUACCCCCCUUAUCUGUCUCGACGCCAAAUCCAUGAGUACUUUGAAUCCUACGCCAAGCAUUUCGAACUGCACAAACACAUCAGCUUUGGCACGACAGUGAAAAGGGUGCUUCGAAAUGAACCUGAAGAGAGAUGGGACAUUUAUGUCGCCGGGCCGGAUGGCGAUAAGACACUCCCCUUUGACAAAGUUGUGUUUGGAAAUGGAUGUGAGAGCGUGCCAGUUUGGCCGUCCAUGCCCGGGAGGCACAUGUUUACGGGGACGAUUCUCCAUUCGCAAGCAUUUCGAAGUGACAAGAUUGACGACUACAAAGGAAAAAGAGUCAUGGUUGUAGGCAUUGGAAACACGGGCUGUGAAGUUGCGCUAAGUUUGUGCAAACACGCUUCCAAGACGUAUCAGGCAUACCGUCGUGGUCGCAUUGUUGCCUCUAGAUAUGGUGACGAUGGAGUGCCUACAGACAGCCUGAUACCAUGGCCUAUCCUACGUCUCAAGUAUCUUUUGGACUAUUGGGUUCCGUGGCUGACAAACCCCUUGGUUGACAAGUUCAUGGUCAACAAGAUGAUCAAUGACGCCGCCAGACAUGAACCAGUAUCUCCUGAUACCUCAAAGAAGGAGAAACUGAGGCUUGCUGGAGAAAAGAUCCGGGGUGAGUGGCGGCUUGUGCCUUGUCCGAGCUUGGCACACAAGCACCCGGCGUUGCAAGAGAAUUUCUUCCCUGCCUUGUAUAAUCAAGAGAUCAUCCCAGUACACGGUUUCGUCGAUUUUGUCGGAGACAAAAAGGUUAUACUGGGAAAUGGGCAGAUUGUGGAAGUCGACGUCGUCAUCUUUGCUACUGGUUACAGGCAUGACUUUUCUCUCAUGCCCGAGCUGGAGAUGGAUGGCGCUGCUGGGUUUCCCUUGGCCACGCCGGGAGAGGUUGAAGAUCGAAAGGAACCCAGUCUUCCAAGGCUGUUUCAGAUGAUAUUUCCUCCAAAGUGGGCUUCUUCGGUUGCGUUUCUUAGUUGGAUGGCCCCGCAGGAGAAUGUCUGGUGUGUCUGCGAACUUGCUUCAAUCGCGGUUACACAGGCUUGGGCUGCAGAAGUUGCCCAGAAGAAAGGCCUGAAUGCUCCGACUCAGUAUCGGCCUGCUUCUUUAUUGCCGUCCAAGGAUGAGAUGGACAAGGAGGUGGAUUCUUACCAUGAUUGGUGGCGCAAACAGUGGACUGUUGAUCACUCUGUGCUGCCUGGUUAUGUGAGAGCUUAUUCUUUCUACCGAUUCCUCCAUAACAUAGCAGGAACUGGGUUGUAUGAGCACCUCGAUCAUAUUUUUACCACAAGAGGAUGGUGGCUCUGGUGGAACGAUUACGAGUUGUGGAAGUGGCUCGCCAAGGGACCCAUGAAUAGCUACUCCUGGCGACUAUUCAACACCAAUCCUCUGCAGAUACCGGGUCGUGGGAGGAAGGCCUGGGCGGGAGCACGAAAAGCGGUGGAAGAGGCUUAUAACAUCUUUGAAGAUUUCAAAGCAAAGCAGGGGAAAGUGGAGUAA